UCGUCCAGGCGUUUUCGGCUGGAAGCAGUCCCUUGGAAACCACCCCGAAGCCCGUCGUCGUUCCACCAGUCUAUCGACGAUCCAUCCUUAAGUCCUUCUAUCGCUAGGACAGCUUCAUCCCCUUGUACGCGACAGAGACACCGUUUCCGCGUUCGUCGUACGAAAGCACCCUUGUAGAGGCACGGAUUUGGGACUGAGGCGAGGGGCACAAGCAGAGACAUGGACAAUGUGCAAAUGAUCGGCACUAAAAUCACAGCGAUCAAGGAAUACUUAUAUAACUUUGCCCGGACACACUCACCGACCAGACUAAUGAGUUCCGAAAACACGUACUCGCUCUCCAAGGAGCAUUGUAACCUCAAAUAUUCGGAUAUCCUGCCCCAGAAUGUCGAAGGUUAUCCAGCAACCAGAGAGUUCCUAAUGAAGGUGGUGGAUAUUCUGCUGGAUUUCAUUAAGUCGACGAACGACAGAAACGCGAAGGUCCUCGAUUUUCAUCAUCCCUCCGAGAUGAUGCGUCUGUUGGAUCUCGAAAUUCCUGACACUGGCUUGACACUUCAGCAGCUGCUCAUCGACUGUUCCACGACGCUGAAGUACCAAGUCAAGACCGGCCACCCUCAUUUCUUCAACCAAUUAUCCUGCGGUUUGGAUCUUGUGUCGAUGGCUGGCGAGUGGCUGACAGCGACGGCGAAUACGAACAUGUUCACCUAUGAAAUUGCACCGGUGUUCAUUUUGAUGGAGCACGUAGUGUUGCAGAAAAUGAGGGAACUCAUUGGGUGGAGCGGUGGCGACUCCAUAUUGGCUCCAGGUGGUUCCAUCAGCAAUCUUUACGCUUUUCUUGCCGCGAGACAUAAGAUGUUCCCCAGUUACAAGGAACGGGGUCUUUCGGCUAUCGGUGGACAGCUGGUUAUGUUCACGUCUGAUCAGUGCCACUAUUCGGUGAAAUCGUGUGCCGCGGUUUGUGGACUGGGAACAGACAACUGCGUGAUGGUUCCCAGCGACGAACGCGGACGUAUGAUUCCGUCGAAGCUGGAGGAACUCAUCCUGGAACGUAAAGCCAAAGGACACAUUCCCUUCUUCGUGAACGCCACCGCUGGAACGACCGUCAUUGGUGCUUUUGAUCCCAUUCCUGAAAUCGCUGAUAUCUGCCAAAGACACAAGCUCUGGCUACACAUCGACGCGGCUUGGGGUGGUGGACUGCUUCUCUCAAGAAAAUACAGACAUCCCAGAUUGACCGGCAUCGAACGAGCGGACUCCGUGACCUGGAAUCCACACAAACUCAUGGGUGCGUUGCUUCAGUGCUCGACCAUUCACUUCAAGGAGGACGGCCUGUUGAUUAGCUGCAACCAAAUGUCCGCUGAGUAUUUGUUCAUGACAGACAAGUUGUACGAUGUUAAAUACGACACUGGUGAUAAGGUGAUUCAAUGCGGACGUCAUAAUGACAUCUUUAAACUCUGGUUGCAAUGGCGGGCUAAGGGAACAGAAGGUUUCGAGAAGCACAUGGAUCGAUUAAUGGAACUUUCAGAGUACAUGGUCAGGCGGAUUAAGCAGAUGCCUGACAAGUAUUACUUGAUACUUGAACCUGAAAUGGUGAACGUUUGCUUCUGGUACCUGCCAACGCGCGUUAGGAAUAUGCCACACACCGCUGAGAGGAUCAAAAUCAUAGCAGAUAUAUGUCCUAUUUUGAAGGGUCGAAUGAUGCAAGCAGGUACGUUGAUGGUCGGCUACCAACCCGACGAUCGACGACCCAACUUCUUCAGGAACAUCAUCUCGAGUGCCGCCGUAACGGAAGCGGACGUCGACUUCCUGCUGGCCGAGAUGGACCGGUUAGGCCACGACCUGUAAGAAACCUGCCUAUUUUAAUUAGCCGCGUAAUCAGCGACUGAUAUCGCGACGUAGCAUCGAAAGUGAUUCCUGCUGAUAUUAGAGAUUCGAGCAGGAUAUUCGCGUCGCGUUUCAUUACGUGUACAAAAUCCGGAGGCCAAUUUCGAGGAUCGCAAUCAUGGUUAAUAAUUUAAGACGUGAGCUGAUUCUCUCCUUUUUCUUCAAAUGAACAUAUCUACUUCUGAAACUAUUCUCUUUUUAUUUUUGGGUGAUCGGUAGUACGAAUGUAAUAAAGUAAUCGAUAUAUUUUAAUUAUAUCUUUGUUACGGGGAAGGUAUCCCACCGAUUUUAAUAAUAGUAGAUGAAAAGAUGAUUUCUGUUUCUUCAUAGACUUUUAUCUCGUGCUGAAUUAUUUAGCGAAUUUUUGUAUAGUCUUAAUUGUAUUCAAAGGUGAUUUAAUUAUUAAUAUCGGUGUUCGAUACCUUUCUCGUUAGAUUAAUGUCAAUCUGUCAACAUCGAUUCACGAAAUUUACCAUAGCCGUCAAUUUUGAAGAUAAUAGUUUAAUAUAUCUUCAAUAUUUUGAAGAUAAAGUCUAGAGAGAUUGUAAUAGAAGAGUCGUGAAAUAUAACCUUGAACUAUACAAGAAACUUUCGAGCUUGAAAUUGAAGACAGAGAGAGAGUCAGUGAACGAAUCAUCAUCAGUUCGUAGUUACGAGAAACGCUUGUUCAACAUAAUUACAAAACACAGCUACUGAACAUCAGAAAGGAUACUCAUAGCACGUAAGUUCUCUAGGUGUAAGGAACAGCAUACAGCAUAUCCGUGAAACGAAGAGUCAACUUACAAAGCUCUAGCGACGCUUCCGGCCGUAAAUGUUACUAGUUUUCAUUCCUCGAUGCUACACGUUCUCGUUAAAUGACAAACAGUAGCAACGAGUCGUAAACGAUAGUGAAAUAAUAGUUAUGCUUCGAUAGCUAUCUUGUUUAGGUUCAAUUGAGUUUAAUUCGUCGAUAAGUUUCAGCUGCGUUAGCCUGGUCUCUUUGGCCCCGCAAGACCCGUUUCGGGAUUUAAGAAUUCGAUCGUUGGUUUAAGUGAAAUGUUUAAUAGUGAAAACCGUGGUUCUCAAAUUUGGAGUAAUUUUUGUUGAAAUUUCGAAUUGGAGGUGAAUGUGUUUCUGGUGGGUUGGCAGUGAUGAGCAACGUAUUUGGAAAUUUGGAAGUUGAUAUUUAGAAAUUUUCAAUUACACAAUUUUCUA